ACUCAUUGUUACUGGCGUGGCAAAACGAGAUAAAUUGACAAACGAGACUUGGGUUUGUGAUUCUUUUUAAUUGAUCAUUCAUCAAAAGAAAUUAUUACGUAUAUUUCUAACAAUUGGUAAGUUUGCGUUUCAUGAGACCAGAAAAGGUAAUUCGCUCUAAAGUGAUGUGAUUAUAUUCGAACCACUCUAAGCUAAACUGAUUUAAUUAAAACUUCGCUUUGCACGGCUUAAAAUCUUUUUCUUAUGGGUAAUAACAUGUUAUGUAAGCACUCGGAUAAGUUUUGUUGUGUAGUUGGGUUGACAAUAUUUAUAGAAUAAAUUUCUCUACUAGACAGCUAAUUGUUGUUUAUAAGUUGAUUUUAUUGCAUAUUUAUUGUUGUUAAUGUUUGAAUACGACGUAGGAUAUUUAUAUAAAGAUGUGAUAAAGUAUGAGUUCUAUCGUCAUGCUCAAAAUUAGGCUUCAUACAAUCAUUUUAUUAUUUUACUAAACUUUUAACCAGAUAAAAUUUGUUUCAACAAGCUGUAGGCCUCAAAUAGUUUUAUCAAUUGACGAUAUAUACGAAUUUUUUCUACAGCUCUUUUUUCGAAUGUCACAUUGCUCGAAUACUUUGUAAAGAUAAGAGCUACACGUUUUUUUUGAGAUAACUAUCCUCUGCAUGAAGUCAGAUUGCCACCAGUUCACUCUAAUAAUUUUAUGGUGUGGACUAUAUUUUCAUGCUGCCUAAAGCGGAAGAAUCAUGGCAGAAGAUAGCAUUUUGAUUCGAAUAACCAUACCAGACAGGAAAGAUCAGAAUCAACCCAUAUCCAUGAGAUUUGAUUUGAACGAAACUGUUUGGGUAGCAAAGCAGCAGAUACUUAAAUCUUUGCAUAAUGAAGUUAAAGAUGGACUGAAUUAUGGCUUAUAUCUACCUCCCCAAAAUGCUCGAGCAGGCAAAUUUCUAGAUGAGGAGCGUAGGCUAGGAGAAUAUCCUGUUGCUAAUGGUGUAGGACAUUUGGAAUUUAAGUAUAAAAGAAGGGUAUAUAAGCUUCUCAAUAUAAAUACUCGAAAAUUAAAGCAAAUUCAUACCAAGGGCAACUUAAGACAGUUUUUUGAUUAUGUUAAAAAAGGAGAUGUAGAAAAAAUAAAUUCAAUGACCAACAAAGGGUUAGACUCAAAUUUUAUAGAGACAGAAAGUGGAGAAACACCUUUAACUAUUGCAGUUUCAAUUAUGAAAAAGCCUGUUAUAAAAAAUAUCGUGAUAUCACUUUUUAGUGGAGGUGCUCAUUUAGACUUUCGGAAUAGAGACGGUUAUACUGCUAUUCAUUCAGCAGCAAUGGCUAAUAAUUUUGAAGCUGUGAAAAUACUCUUAGAUCUUGGUGCAUCACCGAACUAUAAAGAUCGUUUGGGCUUGACUCCAUUGUUUUUAGCUGUUGCUAAUAACGUUGAUUCAAGAAUUUCUGAAAAUCUCCUACAUGAUCACUCUGUUUUGUGCUUGAGUGAUGAUCAAGGCUGGACGGAGACUCACUACGCCUGUAAGCAUGGAAAUGAACAGACUUUGGAGCAUUUACUCUAUUACGGAGCUGACAUGAACGUUCAAAACAAUUCGGGGAAUACCCCACUUCAUGUAGCAGCUCUAAACGGCCGGGAAGGUUGUGUACGAAUGCUUUUGUUUAGAGGGGCGGAAAAGUCGAUCCAAAAUUUUGCUAAUCAGGAUCCUAGACAGGUAGCUGUUAUCGCAGACAACUUUAAUAUUGCGAAUAUUAUUCAGAAUUUCAGCUUAGAUGAAAUAGUGCCUAUACAAGAAGUACCUCAGUAUAAUAAAAGAAGGCGAUCUGUUUGGACAGCCGGAACUUUAACCAGAUCAAAGAGUGACCCAAGAAUCAACUUGGCUGGAAGAUUUUCACGUCCAGCUUCUCCGACUCAAUCGGUGGUGAGCGUUCCAGCAGGGUCAACAACAAUUUCGAGCGUACCCAUAUCACCAAACACUGUUUUUUCCGAUCCAAACUCUUCUUUAAGAUCUACAAUUUCAAGCGACAUAUCAUCAGAUUCAAUAGUUGUUAAGAAAGAUGCUUUCUAUGCUUUACUGGAGAGAGGCAGAGAGUAUUCUUUCAGUUCUGUCGGAGCCAGAACGGUUGUGCUACAAAAAGGUCGAAACGGUUUUGGAUUUGUAUUACGAGGGACUAAAGCUCAAGGAUUGCAAUCGAUUAACUUUGUUCCAACUCCUCAAAUACCUGCUCUUCAGUUCUUGGAUAGAGUAGAUAGUGGUAGUGCUGCAUAUAAAGCUGGCUUGAAAUCUGGAGAUUAUAUCUUAGAAAUAAAUGGGCAUAAUGUAGCAUCUUCAAGUCAUGAAGAGGCUGUACGCUUUAUUAAGCAGUCGGGUGAUACUCUAACUUUGAAAAUAAUGACGGUUGCAGACAUUAAUUUAAAUGGUAGUCAGAAAGAAAUAAAUAUAUUGAGACCACCUCCUCCUGCUCGGCAUCCUUCAACUAGCUUGUCUGCUGGGAGUAAAAUGUUUAAAGAUUUUUCCAAUGUAGAAAAUGGAUCUUUAAAAGUACCAGCUUCAAUUCGUUCUAGAGCAACACCUAGAAGACUGACAGCAAACGAAAUUCAUAAUAUGAUACAGGAGAAAUCUGCAAAGCAAUCUUUGUCUUCAGCUGAGAAAAUAACGGAAUCUGCUGUGAUUGAAGAAACAAUGCUUGACGAUGAACCCACACCAGAUUAUGAGGAUAGCGAACCGCCGUCUCCCGCAAAAGUUAAUUCUUCUGUUGUCAUACCGCCAGCCCCUCCUUUAAAUUUACCUGGACCUGGAAAAUCGAAUUCUAGUAUAUCUCCUCCACCAGCACCUCCUCCACCUCCAUCUUCAAUAUUGCCAAAAGAGAAUGGAAUAAACAAUCAAUCUAACAUGUCAGUUGAAAAAAAGGAAAAUAAGGAGAAAAUUCAUUUGCGAACAAAUAAUACACCUGAUGCUGACCCGCUUCUUAUGGCAAUCCAGCUAAGAAGAAAUAAAUUAGAUUCAAGUACCUCUGGUAAUAAAGAUAUAGAAGAAGUUAUUAAAGGUUUUAAAGCAGGCAAGAAAGUAAAUAGCUCAACCUUGAGUUCUUUCAGAAACGAUGAGGAAAAAUCAUCAAUGGACAUUGAUGAUUUACAUCAAUCUGUUGUUCCUCCUCCGCCUGAAUUUGGAGAUAUAGUUGAUUCAAAUAUUAUCGACCCGCCUGAUCUGUUUAAUAAAAAAGAUAAAGUUAAACAGCCAAAUAUUCUUGACUGGACAGUUUCCGACGUUUUAGAUUGGUUAGAUCAAAUCGACAUGAGCAGAUAUAAAACAAGAUUCAAAAGUCAUCACGUAGACGGAAAGGCUCUAAUGCGUUUGGGUCGAACAGAGCUAUUUCAAAUGGGAAUAACGCAAGUUGGCGAGAGAAUAAACUUAGAAAAAGCCAUAAAAAGACAACUGGUUGAAUGUUAA